UCACAAAGCUAACUAGCGGUGGCUUCGUGCACUGAAGCAUAUGGCCUCCUCCAAACUGAGCUUGUUUGCUCUUGUGCUUGCUUAUGUCUUCCUCAUUCAGUCUUCUCCAGCAUAUUGUAACGAAGAAGAAGACGAUCUUUUCGAUGGUCUCAACAAUUUCAGGCAAACCCUAAACCUCAGUGAACUUACCAGGAAUGACAAGGCCGGCUGUAUCGCCGACGAAAUCUCGGAUGCGCUACAGGGUCAGCCAUGCUCUCAUGCAGCUGACUACGAGAUUAAACCAGGCAAUGGUCCGGUGUUCCCUUACUUCAGCAAGCUCAUAAUCAAAUGUAACAUAGACAACAGCACCACAGCUGAUGGGAUCAUUUUGCCUGUUUGUGUGCCCAAUUUGGACCCAGAUAUUGUGCUCAACAAUUACACUAACACCAAAUUUGCUCGAUUUCUGAAUGAUUCUAAGUAUACAGGAGCUGGGGUUGGCUCAGAGGAUGAUUGGAUGAUCGUUGUGUUGACCACUGACUCACCUAGUGGGAGCUUCACCGGUGGUGCUUGUUUGGUUGCAGUUGGCAUGGUUCACUACAUGGUUGCUUUGUUUUUGGGGUUGUUCUUGGUUUUGUUAUGAUCAAGUGUUUUAUAGUGUAUCAUGUUUGAUAUAAUAAUGUGACUUUCCGAUGAGACGCUUUCCGAUCUCCG